CAGAGAUCAGACGAUGAAAAAACAAUCAUGCUAGUUGGGGCAACUGGUUCUGGGAAAAGUACACUAGUUGAUGGUAUAGUGAAUUACGUCAUGGGUGUCAGUUUUGAUGACCCGUUCAGAUUUACCCUUGUGCAGCUAGAAGAGGAAGAAAGGAAGACACAUAAUCAGGCAAUAUCCCAAACAGAGUGGAUAACUGUUUACAAAAUAGCGCCACAAAAGGGAAGUCGAUUAUCGUACACUCUCAACAUCAUCGACACGCCGGGGUUUGGAGAUACCAGAGGAAUAGACAGAGAUCAUGCUAUAAUAGACCAAAUCCGUCAUCUGUUUUCGGCUAAAGGAGAACAGGGAGUUCUCUUCAUUGAUGCCGUUUGUUUUAUUGUAAAGGCCCCAGAUGCACGACUUACUAUUUCACAAAAGUAUAUAUUUGGUUCCAUCAUGUCGUUGUUUGGCAAGGAUAUUGAGUCAAACAUUUGCACUUUGAUAACAUUUGCUGAUGGUGCAGAGCCCCCAGUUCUUGCCUCUCUGAGGGAGUCAAACCUACCAUUUGGCUCUACCUUUCAAUUCAAUAAUUCUGCCUUAUUUGCAGAAAACAGGAACCUUUCCUCCACAUCACCUUCACCCAUGUUUUGGGAAAUGGGGUGUAAUAGCUUUCAAAAGUUUUUUAACCAGUUGCAUCAAUUUGAAACAAAAAGUCUUUCUCAAACAAAAGAUGUUUUGCAAGAGAGAGAACAACUAAAGAUGAUCAUAGCAAAUAUUCUACCUCAGGUAAAAGCUGGUUUAUCAAAACUGGCAGAGCUGCGAGAACAGCUGGAGAUAUUCAAAAAACACAAAGAUGACAUAAAAAAUAACAAGGAUUUCACAUACGAGGUAGAGGAAACAAAACAGCACAUGAUUGAUUUACCACGAGGUCAACACGUAACUAACUGUCUUCAAUGCAAUGUCACAUGUCAUGAGAAUUGUUCAAUUGCAGACGAUUCAGAAAAAAGUCGGUGCUGGGCAAUGACAAAUGGUUACUGUAGAAUUUGCGUUGGGAAGUGUAUCUGGUCAGAUCAUAAGAACACGCCCUAUAUCUUUAAAUAUGCAAUGGAAAUGGUCACAAAAACGUACACAGAAAUGAAACAAAAAUACGAAGAUGCAAAGGGCUCUAAAUUGACCCACGAAAGCUAUAUUGAGGAACUCACAUAUGAUGUAGAUUACCUUUUUGAAAAUGUAGAAUUAAUGAUGUCAGAAAUGAACAAUUGCAAGGCUAGGUUAAAAGAGAUAGCCUUGAGACCCGAUCCUUUAUCUGCAGUAGAGCACAUCGAUCUCAUGAUCCAAGCCGAGGAAACAGAAAGACAGCCAGGGUACUGGCGGCGAAUAAAGAUGUUAAAUGAAAUAAAGCGCAUGGCCCAGACAGAUAAACAAGUCGAGAACUUUGAUGAAAAUUUCCGAAUGACAAAAGGUGAUAUCUCUUCCGCUGUUGGUAAAAAAAAUUCGAGGGUUCUGGACGUGCCCCCAAGAAAGGGAAGGGAAAUGUUUUUGUACGUGGAGUCCAUUAUUUGAAUUCCUUCUUCUAGAUGUGCAGAAGAACAACAGCUUAACAUUACCAAUAUAAUACACAUCGUUCCUUUAGGCACCGUAGAUAAUUUCUAAUGCUACACAAAAACCAUGCAUACAGGGUAUCAAUCUACAGUCACUUUCCUUCUGAUGUAUCAUUUUAAUGAAUAUCAGAUGCACGAAAAUUGUAUUUAUGUCAUUUUGAAGACAUGAAUCCAAUCGGAUAUGACGGUAAAUAUUUCAAACCUACCGAAUCAUUUAAGAAGUUAAUGAGUGUUAAACCUCACCUGAGUGUCUCAAACUAUCAAAAGCAAAUACUGUUUGGGUUUUCACUUAAAAAUUACCUAAGGAGAUAUAGGGGAUAUAGAGGUACAGGGAUUUCAACAGUCUCGAUUGAAGUCAACAUUUCGCAAAUUCUAUAGUCGUUAUAACGAUCUAGUUCGUCAAUACAACCUCGCAUUGGGUCAAAUGCUGUCUGACGUGUUUCAUACCGAUUGUUAAGCCGUUCUUGGCACACUGAUUUUGACUGUGGAUAACUCCGUUUACCUGAUCAGGAUAUGGGGCUCACGGCGGGUGUGACCGGUCAACAGGGGAUGCUUACUCCUCCUAGGCACCUGAUACCACCUCUGGUGUGUCCAGGGGUCCGUGUUUGCCCAACUAUCUAAUUUGUAUUGCUUGUAGGAGUUAUGAGAUUGAUCACUGUUCGUUAUCAUCACCUUGCAUUGAUGACCUUGAUCUUGGCCGUAUGGGCUUGGAGCAUAGUCUUCAUUUUAACUAUAUGGUUUAUUUAGACCCACCAUAGGGCAGAAAAAUUAACUAAGAUUGCGAUAAGACGUUCCUAAUAGUGGUACUUUGGGAACCCAUUUAGUUUACUACAUUGUCGUGUAUUUUAAAAUGUUUUGUCUACAUGACCUACAUGUUCAUUUUCAAGGCUUGCAUUAUUAUUUUUUUAGUUUUUGUUCACUCAAAACGUCCAAAUGGGCCGUGGCAUUGAUAAUUCAUAAAUUAUAGAUGUUCUCCUUCCCAUAGAUGAUACGUAUCAAUUUUGGUGAAAGUUCGAAUGUAACUAAAUUUACAACUCACAAUCAAUGAACGGACGCGUCAUUGUCUCUAUCUAAAAGGUUUAGAGUGCAAGUUGGUUAAAACAAUAUUUUACAGGUAAUAGAAUGGUAUAUAGUUCUUUAAAAUACUGUAGAAAUUCUGUUUAUAAGUUUUCUUUUUCAUAUUAUAUCUUUAGAGAUUGUUUCGUUCCAUCCAUUGUCAUUCCAUCUAUUUACUUCAAAGGAGUUAUAAUAUUGAUAACUGUUCGUCAUUUUCGCCUUUGACAUGCUAUUGUGUAUGGUUUCAUUUGCUUUUAUAAACGCUAUAUGCAUGCCUAUUGUGGAUUUUCUCUCUCUCCUUCCCCCGAAUUUGUACGGUGUUGGAUUUGUUUGUCUUGUGGGUGGUGGGGCUAACGUACUAAUUUUUUUCUAAUCUUCACCUUUAUAUGUAUAACCAUACAAGACACACAAACAUUAUUUGCAAAACCUCAGCUCGGUGGCGAUACACCUAAAUUUGACAUGAUCAAUUACAUGGAAAUAUGCCGAGGAAAGUCAACAAAUCGAUUUGUUCCAAGGAAAAUUCUUCCAAUUUUGAUAUAAGUUAUGUGACAAUUCGUUAUUGAUAAAGGUGUUACUUACUCGUUUGAAUUUCCCCUAGUGUUGACUUUCGUCGGUAUUUUUCUGUGUAAAAUCAUAUCAAAUCCACGCGAUUACUGUGCUUAUGAUAUACGGUGUUCCCUCAAUAUAUUGCCCCCGUUAGGCUUAUUGCCUGAACAUCUUAAAGAACAUAUUUCUUCCCAUGUUAACACCACCGUUAUAAUUCCAACCCUGCAUAAUGCCGUAUGCGACAAAUUUUCACAAAUGAUCACAUUUUAUAGGGUUUACUUUCGAUGGCAUUGCCAAUUACCUAGCACCCAUCGGUAAUCACACAUGUACGAUGAUAAUUGUGCGGUGAAGUGUAACAGUUUAGACAGGGUAUUCAGGUGACCAGGUUAAUUACUAAUAAUUGUGGAAUUAAACUCGAGAUAAUUCAAAUGUUUAUACAGAAUGGAAUCCAAAUAACUUUAUGGUAUUGCAUUUCUUUUGAUUGCUCAGUGAAUUGUCCGCAAUUGUGAAUUUGUUAUAUUGCCACCCCCGCUUUAUUGCCCAAAUUCGUCUUGAACAAAAGUUGGCAAUACAUCGAGGGAGCAUUGUAAUAUAAUGAUAUAUAGGUCAUAGGAGACGAUUUUUAAAAAAUAGUUUUGCGCGAAUAUAUGUUCUUUAAUCACUUGAUAUAUGUAAAUAAAUCGUUCAGAAAACAUCGUUAGUUAACAGAAGCUACAAAUCGUUAAAUGUCGCUGUGGUAUGAAGUAUCAAAAUAGUAUGAUGGCUUAUCCCCCUUGCUUGGUGACGUUAAAAGAUACCAGAUUAACGCAAAAGUGUAUUUCUUUAUACUAACAACUGCGGGAUGUUCAGUGUGUUUGCAUUCAACUGCAAUGCAGCACGUCAUGUGUUUUGAUGUACUUUUGUACAAAGGAUCCAACGUUCAGAAAAAACUUGGGUUUGAAAUUUACAUCGAGAACACAAAACUCGAAGUUGUGUGACAACCAUUUUCUUCGAUUACGGAGGUUGAUGAGGAUCGGUUUCGUUAUCGUAUACACUCUACAUUGGCAAAACCAAUAAUGGGUUUAAGUAAUUAAAUGUUCAACUAUUUUCGACUACGGACUAACUGCAAGCACGACGAAAACGAAAACAUUCUUUCAAACCUUGACUGAAUAAUGACAGUAGUACAGAUAUGUAUUUGUAAGUUCGUAUUUACAUGAUUUAAUUUGCUUAUAAAUGAAAUUUAACAAUGAAAUAUUCAUGUGAAGCUCUUCAGAUCAUAAGUUUUUCUCUCUAAAUAUGUAAGUAAAUAGAUGAAUAGAUCCAACUUUAAAUGUUGCAUUAUUAGACCCCCUUCCGUUUGAAAAAGAAUGUCCAAAGAAAAAGGUGGAGCGAUAUUAAUAUAGCAAGUUUACAUAUUAAGUGAAAUAAAGCAAUUUUUAACGAUCAUGCAAGAGUUGGGGUGAUAUUUUUUUCCAAUGAAGCACAAAUUAGAACGUCGGUUUCCUUUAUAUUGAGGAUAGAAUAAAAAAGAAACGUUAAAUGUCAAAUAAAGGGAUAGUAAAUUAUUCUCCACAUAGCUCCUAAAGUCGCAAGCUUUUUGUGAAAGAAUGUUAAGUAGCCACUUACAUUUAUUAUUAUAUUUACUUGUUAAACUAAAAUAGCAGCACACGAUACAUGUAAAAAUCCUACUGAAAAUCAAUUGAAAAUACAGCGCUCACGAUGUGUGCAAAGGAAAUUCUAAUCUGGCUAUAAAAUAUAUACGAGUAGGGUUGGGUUUAGGAAAGCAGAUCCAAUAAGAGAUGGACUGGGGAUGGUGUCCACCUUUUUGUCAGUCAACUUUUAACUUGAAUCCCCUUUUAAAAAAUACAAACGAUGUUGUGUAUUUCCAUGGGGUUAGAAAUAUUGCAGGUAAUAAGUAUCUUAUUGUCGUCAAAGAAUGUACUCUAAAAAUUACCAUUCAUCAUUAACCAGUCAAUAUUAAACUGAUUCAGAAUCUUGAUCGAUCUUCCGGUUACCCCUCCAAUGAAAAUUCGUAGAUGACGAUGUGACUAGCAUUUGCUUUAAUUAUGAGUUUAAAGUGAUAUCCUUGUAUAACAAACUAUGGUUCCUCAUUCAAAAACUACUCCAGUUGCGAAUAAAUCGUCUAUGGAUGUGCUUUUGUUUUGAUUCGCAAUUCAUAUUGCGGUCUCUUAUGACGUCACUAAUUCGGGGAAGAAGGAAAGAUAAUUGGGUAACAAUUUUCUAUUCCGAAUACCUUUGCUUUUCGAUUUCUUGGAGUUAAUAUCGUUAUAUAUAUAGUCCAUUAAACAAAGUUGAUAAUUAUGGAGACAAAAGGUAUUGUUAAAAAACGUCUCCUAUGACCUUUUUAAAAGACAUGCAGAUUGUACAGUUUGCUCUAAUUUAUGAUUCAUUGUAUAAAAAAUUGAUUUGAAUUUCAGUACAUGUACAAUAGCUUGUGUGACAAUGGAUUCAAAUAAAAA